UCUUUUACGGCCCAUGUCGUGUACGGGGCUACGGCCUACAGCUGUAUAUAAGAGCUGUUAUAAGGCAUUGUAUACGAGUGUCGUGCCAUCCGCGGUUACUGGGUGCCAUCAGUGUGACGGAUAGAUGACUGACUUGCCGUCGUUAUCGUAGCGACUGUUAUUUUGAAAGGGGAGAACAACAGGAGUCAGACUAGAAGGUUACAAUAUGGACAAACACUCAAAGUCCCUGUUAAAGUCUGCAAAAGAAGCCAUUAAGGGAAAGGAUCAUGCAGCAGCUCUGGAAUUAUGUAAGGAAGUGCUAUCAACAGACAAGAAAAACUACACAGCCCUUGUGUUUAGUGGAGCAUGCUAUCAAGAGUUAGGUGAUGCAGAAAAGACAGUUGAGAUGUUUGAAAGGGCUAUUGAAAUUUCAUCAGAGUUGCCAUUGGCUUGGCAAGGACUGGGCUCAUUCUAUGAAAAAGCAGGAUCUUCCAAGCAUCAAGACAGCUUGAUAAAAGUCUACUCCAAGCUGCUGAGUAUCCUCUCCAAUGAUGAGGGUAAAGCUGCUGAGCUUUGUUCCAAGUUAUCCUGGCUGCUAGUGCAUGCAAACAGGCUUGGUGAAUGCAUCCAGACAUUGUGUAGGUGGAGCAUAUGUAGCAAAGAGAGCUUUGACCCUUCUAAAAUAACUACAGUCUUGAAAGACAAGAAGGUCUCAGAUGAACAGGCUGAAGAAAUUCUCAACAUUUUAAACAAAGUCAUUUCAGAGGAGAACACUGCAAGAAAUAAAGAGUUUUUGUCCCAUCAAGCUAUUCUACUACAACAGCUCUCAAGGUGGCCACAGUUGCUUGCUGUAGCUCAGCUCAUGUGGAGAACAUUUCCGGACAGUGUGGUUGCAGCUGAAUGGAUCCUGCGUGUGUAUGUGGAAUCAGCUGAAACCGUUACACAGCUGGAUACAGUCCUGGCUUUCAUGGACACCAAUGAGCCAGACAACAUAUGGUCUCAAAUAAGCCGUGGCAAACUACUCUUCCUGAAGGCAGACUGGGCCGGCACGCUUCAACAGCUGGAGCCUGGAGCGCUGGGCACUGCCGGCGACAUCGCCGCCGUGCACUUGAUGCGCGGCCGUGCGCAGCUGGCAGUGCAUGGCUAUGCUGGCGCCGAGCGCAGCCUGCAGGCCGCGCUGAGCCGCGCGGAGCCAGCCGGCACGGCCGAGAGGCUGCGCGCGCUCGGCCUGACGCUCUGGAGCGUUGGCAGCCGCGAGCAGGCAGCCGCCCGAUUCCUGGAGGCGGCCAAGCAGGACCCGCACCAUCCGGAGCCGUUCUUCUACCUGGGCCAGUACUACGAACAGGUGGGCGGCGACGCUAGCCGCGCCCUGCGCUGCUACCAGAAGGCGUGCCGGCUGUGCCCGGGCGAGCCGCGCGCCAGCGCCGCGCUCAGCGACCUCUACCGGCAGCGCGGCGAGCACGAGCUGAACGUGGCGCUGCUGACGGCCGUGACGGAGAGCCGGCCAGACGCGGUGGCCAGUCGCUGGGCCUGGUUCCGGCUGGGACUGCACCACCUGCAGGCGAGCGAGCCGCAGCGCGCCGUCAGCUGCCUGCAGACAGUGGUGCGCGCCGAGCCGGCGGACGCCGUCGCCUGGGAAUGCCUGGGUGAUGCGUACCGGCUGCGCGGCGCGUACACGUCGGCCGUGCAGGCGUUCGGUCGCGCCGCCGCGCUGGACCAGUCGGCGGUGUACGCGCGCCUCCAGGUGGCCGAAAUUCGCCAGCGGCUCGGCCUACUGCAGGAAGCCGAGGAUGGCUAUCUAGACACACUGCGCGCUCGGCCCGGCUACGUGCCGGCGCUGAAGGGUCUCGGCGAGACGCACCUGCGGCGCGCGCACGAGCUGUUGCGCCGCCAGCUGCCCGGCAGCGCGCACGAUAGCUGCCAGCUGGCGGCCGACGCGCUGGCGGCGGCCGUGCUUGACCAGGCCGGCAUGAGCUGCCUCUGGAAGGAGCUGGCCGACGUGCUGUAUCUGACUGCUACGCUGCCACCCCGCUACCGCCGGCUGGAUGUGCCGCACCAACUGCUGCCUGCCGCCGACGAGCGGACCGCCGAGACGGGCACGCUUGCGGCCGCCCAACUGGCAGACGUGGCCAUCCGCUGCUACUCGCAGGCGGUGGCCAUCGAAGACCGGGGCAGUCUGUGGCACGACCUGGCGCAGACGUACCGGCUGCGUGCGGCCAUGUGCGACGCUAGCGAGGCAGAGGCGGCCGAGCGGGCGGCUCAGCGCGCGCUGCAGUGCGCCCAUCAGGCGACGCGGCUCCUGCCGACCGACCCGUCCGUGUGGAACACCCUGGGCGUGAUCGCCUGUGGGCGUCACGUGCACGACCGCCGGCUGGCGCAGCACGCGUUCAUUAAGUCGCUGCGCCUGAUGGAGACGGCCAUGGUGUGGACCAACCUGGCCUGCCUUUACAUGCUGAGCGACCAGCUGAUGCUGGCGCACGAGGCGCUCACCAAGGCGCAGAGCGUCGAGCCGGCCUACUGCGGCGCCUGGACGGGCCAGGCGCUGAUAGCCGAGCGCCUGGACCCCGAUCAGGCCAUGGAUCUGUUCCGGCACGCCGUCUCGCUGGCGCCGCACCCGCUGGCGGCGCUCGGCUACGGCCGCUGGGUCAGCCGUGAGUUGCGCGACCCGGCCGCCUGGAACACCGCUCGGUACCGCUUCAACAUCGAGCGCAUGCAGGCGGUGACGGUGGCGAGCGACGCCCUGGCCUGCUACACGGACGCCGCGCCCGAUGACGCGGCCGGUUGGAACCUGGCCGGGCUGCUGGCUGAACGGCAGGGCCGCCGGCGCGGUGCGCUGGACGCCUGCCAGCGCGCGCUGGCGCUGCUGGAGGGCGCGACGGACGUCGAGCCGGCGGCGGUGGACGCAGUGCGCGUCAACUGCGCCCGCCUGCUGACGGCGACCGGUCGCUGCCCGGAGGCGAUCGCCGAGUACGGCCGGCUGUCGGAGGCCAGCUUCCACUCGCAGUGCGGCCUGGCGCUGGCGCUGCACCGCGCCGAGCGCUACGAGCAGGCGUACGAGGCGUACGAGGGGGCGCUCCACUGGCUUACGCCUGAUGAUGCUAAUCGGUCGCACACGCUCGUGGCCGUGGCCACCAUGCUGUACCAGUUCGGCGACGCUGAGAACGCGCGCACACAGCUGCUGAAGAGCUUUCAGCUGGAGCCGGCGUCGGAGCGGGGCCUGCUGGCGCUGACGGCGCUGCGCGCGCUGCAGGCGGCCGUGCACCGGCACCCGCAACAGUCCCGUCUCUGGCGACUGCUGUGUGCCGGACUGCUACAGUUGCGGCCUGAGCUGACAGCGGCUGCCGUCACCACCGCCGCCGCCGCACAGCGCCUGGACGCGUCCGCUGACCAGGACGCCGACGAGGUAACGGACCUGGUGUGCCAGAGCCAGCUGCGCGCCGGCGAGGGCGCGGCGGCCCUGCGCGCCGCCCAGCGCGCCGUGCUGCGCCGGCCAGACAGCGCCGCCGCCUGGUGCGACCUGGUGUGCUCCGUCAGCAGCGACGCGCUACGGCGCAACCACCGCAACCAGCUUAACAGCCCAACAACAGCGCGCGAUCGCGUCACAUCGCCGUACGUGCCCAGAUUCCAGCGUAUCACAUGGGCUUGA